AUGGACGGUAUGCCAUAUGGGGUCUUCGCAAGCCUGUUCCAAACCCGAGAUCCAGCUGGAUUCAAAGGACCAGAGAUGCUGGCUAUCGAGAUGGAAAUUUGCCUCUACCCAAUUGAUCCAAAGGAGGGAACCAUUCGAUCUACCCUUGAGGAAAUUGCCGAUGAACAGUCCGACGGCGGGUCAUUCACAUUCAGGCUCGAUCAGUCCUCCGAUAUUUACAACUCCAAGGGAUUUCUUCGCAAGCGCGCACGAAAGAGUGUCCAAGAUGUCCGGGACCCACUGGAUGAAAGGAACAGUGGGAAAUUGGUCAAGAAGGAUGCUGUUACUGCGCCGAAAAAGAAGUCAAAGUCUGAGAAGAUGGAAAUGACUAUGAUGGUCUUGGGCGAACAUGAUCCUCGAGAGGGCAAGAAACGGCCGUUAGGAAAGAAAGAAACAGCCGCCCUCAUGGUUGCCACAGCUCAGGUUGAGAAGUGGAAAACUGAAAAAGUGGCCGCAAAACUCGCAACCGCGCAGUCCAAAACUAUCGCAAGUUUGAAAGUGGACUUGGCGAGUGAGAAACUAUGGUCUCAAAAACUGGUCGAGCAGAUCAAAACUUGGGCGGAUUGGUGCCACAGCGUCUUUCUCAAGAAGUGA